AUGACCGAGGUGACUAGUUCUGUCGUGCAUGAAGUCCUUGGGCGGCGGCUGCAGAGCGUGGACGAGCCAAUUGUUGACUACAUCAUCAAUGUGCUCGCUGAUGAAGAUUUCGACUUCGGUCUCGAUGGAGAUGGUGCUUUUGAAGCCAUCGGCGAUCUCCUCGUCGAUUCUGAUUGCGUCGGCGACUACUCCGAAUGUCGCACGGUCUGUAGCAAAUUGUCUGAGAAACUGGAGAAGCAUGGAUUGGUGAAGCCAAAACCAGCUGUGAGAAGUUUAUUAGCACCAUUGCGAAUGUUUGAUGGGAUGGACGAAGAGGAAACUCCUAAAAAGAAGCCUGAACCAGUUGAUGGCCCUCUGCUGACUGAACGUGACAAAAUUAAGAUAGAAAGGAGGAAGAGAAAAGAGGAACGACAAAGAGAGGCACAAUACCAAGAGCAUAUGAAAGAGAUGGAAGCAGUCAGAGCUGGGAUGCCUGUUGUAUGUGUAAACCAUGAUGGUGGGGAGGGAGCAGCUGUCAAGGAUAUACAUAUGGAGAAUUUCAACAUAUCUGUUGGUGGCCGUGAUCUUAUUGUUGAUGGAACUGUGACACUUUCUUUUGGAAGACACUAUGGUUUAGUUGGACGGAAUGGAACUGGAAAAACAACUUUCCUUAGGUACAUGGCUUUGCAUGCAAUAGAUGGUAUUCCCAAGAACUGCCAAAUAUUACAUGUGGAGCAAGAGGUUGUUGGCGAUGAUACUCCAGUUUUGCAAUGUGUCCUUAAUUCUGAUUUGGAAAGAACCCAACUUUUUGAAGAAGAAGCUCAUCUACUUGCAUUGCAGAGAGACGCUGAACUAGAAGGUGAAGUGGGAAAGAGUAAUGGGGAAGUGAAUGGGGAUGCCGACAAAAAUGCCAUUGCAAAAAGGCUUGAAGAGAUAUACAAAAGGCUUGAACUCAUUGAUGCUUACUCUGCUGAGUCACGUGCGGCAUCCAUCCUUGCGGGUCUAAGUUUUUCCCCAGAUAUGCAAAAGAGGGCAACCAAAACCUUUUCUGGAGGAUGGAGGAUGAGAAUAGCACUUGCACGAGCAUUGUUCAUUGAGCCUGACAUGUUACUGCUUGAUGAACCAACGAAUCAUCUUGAUCUUCAUGCUGUCCUGUGGCUUGAAACUUACCUGGUGAAGUGGCCGAAGACAUUUAUAGUAGUUUCUCAUGCUAGAGAAUUCUUAAACACUGUUGUCACAGAUAUAGUCCAUCUUCAAAAUAAAAAACUAACUACCUACAAAGGAGACUAUGAUACAUUUGAGAGAACUAGAGAAGAACAGCUUAAGAACCAACAGAAAGCAUUUGAGGCAAAUGAACGUGCCAGGGCCCACAUGCAGACAUUCAUUGAUAAGUUUCGCUAUAAUGCAAAGCGUGCCUCCCUUGUUCAAUCAAGAAUCAAGGCAUUGGAUAGGAUGGGUCAUGUGGAUGAAGUUUUCAAUGAUCCUGACUACAAAUUUGAAUUUCCUUCCCCUGAUGACAGACCAGGGGCUCCAAUCAUAAGCUUUAGCGAUGCAUCUUUCGGAUAUCCUGGGGGCCCAAUAUUGUUUAAGAACUUAAAUUUUGGAAUAGAUUUGGACAGUCGUGUAGCAAUGGUUGGUCCAAAUGGCAUUGGAAAGUCAACCAUAUUGAAACUAAUUGCUGGUGAGCUUCAACCAACCUCAGGAACGGUUUUCCGUUCUGCUAAGGUCCGGAUUGCUGUGUUUAGUCAACACCAUGUUGAUGGCUUAGACCUGUCUUCAAAUCCCUUGCUUUAUAUGAUGCGCUGCUUCCCAGGAGUACCUGAACUGAAACUUCGUGCUCACCUAGGUUCAUUUGGUAUCACUGGGAAUCUUGCCCUUCAACCUAUGUACACAUUAUCUGGGGGUCAGAAAAGCAGAGUUGCAUUUUCGAAAAUAACCUUCAAAAAGCCUCACAUAUUGCUUCUCGAUGAGCCAUCAAAUCACUUGGAUCUGGAUGCAGUUGAGGCACUGAUACAAGGACUAGUUUUGUUCCAAGGAGGUGUUCUGAUGGUAAGUCACGAUGAACAUCUGAUAUCUGGAAGUGUAGAGCAGUUAUGGUCUGUAUCGCAAGGCAGGGUCACACCUUUUGAUGGAACAUUCCAGGAUUACAAGAAACUGCUCCAAUCAUAAUAGAAAGGUGUUAUGUAUUGCUUACAAAAAUGUUGUCGUUUCAAAUGGGCUAAUCCCCUGCUUAAUGGGGAAGCCGGAUGGAGUUUAUCCAGCCUCCAUUGAAUUACCAAUUUACAGCAUUUUUAAUGCACUACAGUUUUGUAUGCUCCAUUAAUAUAUAUAUACAUAUAAAAAAUGAUUUUUUUUUCAAAUGCA